CCCAGAGAGAGAAGACAGACACACUCCAGUGGCAGCAGGCAGCUCCCCAGUGCCUGGACUGCUCGGCUCCUCCAAUUCAUCAACCCCAGCCUCAGAGCUCCAUGAGGAGGUUUAUCAGUAUGGUGCUACGCAGCCUGGUCAGCACCUCCAAGGCCAGGCCCUGGCUGCAGAAGAGAGCACGGGUGCAGGGGAAGGAAGACCAGAAACUCAAGGUGCCACACGGGGCGACUAAGAUGAUUCUGACUGUAUUUCUGAGUGAUAAUCAACAGUUGCUGACCGAGGUGCCCAUUACCCCAGAGACGCUCUGUAAGGAUGUGGUGGAAUUCUGUAAGGAAGCUGGGGAGAGCGGCUGCCACCUCGCUGAGGUCUGGAGAGGAAAAGAGAGAGCGAUCCCUUUUGAUCAGCUGAUGUUUGAGCACCUACAGAAAUGGGGUCAGAGGAGACAGGAAGUGAAGUUUUACCUGCGGCACGAGGAGUCUCCCAUCGCAAACGUUUCUCAAGCAGGAAGUCAAACUUCAGAGCAGGCCGACAGGAAGAGCAAGGGGAACUCGGACAAGCCCUGCGAGAAUGGGGUACGUUCCCAUUCAUGCUGUUCUCAGUCACACUUUGCUUCUGGACUGUUUAAGACUCGUAAUGAGGGCUGCUCACUGAGGCUUCACGUAAUUACGGUGAAACUGUGUAGCCAAAACACAAGUUCAACACUUAAGUGAGCAAUGCUCUACUUUUCGUGCAGUAAAUGUGUGUAGUUUCUAUUAAUGUAU